AUGAUGUUGAGCGUACGAGCAUUAAGUCGCCAACUCACAAAGAGACCAUUGAGUCUUCGUUUGAACUCCACGUAUGCAAUUCCUCCAAAGCAAAUGGGAGUGGUGAUUGAGAGAAAUGGCGGGCCAUUGAUAUAUAAGGAAAUCCCCGUUCCUAAACCUAAACCCAACGAAUUGUUGAUUAACGUUAAAUUUACUGGUGUAUGUCAUACUGAUUUACAUGCUUGGAAAGGUGAUUGGCCCUUAGCUACAAAAUUGCCAUUGGUUGGUGGCCAUGAAGGUGCUGGUGUUGUUGUUGGAAUGGGUGAGAACGUAGUUGGGUGGAAUGUUGGUGAUUACGCGGGGGUUAAGUGGUUAAACGGUUCUUGUCAAGCUUGUGAGUUCUGUGAAGAGGGUAACGAAUCCAAUUGUGACCAUGCAGAUUUAUCUGGCUAUACUCAUGAUGGGUCCUUCCAACAAUAUGCUACUGCUGAUUACAUUCAAGCGGCUAGAAUCCCCAAGAAUGUCGAAUUGGCCAAAGUGGCUCCUAUUUUGUGUGCGGGGAUAACUGUCUACAAGGCUUUGAAGACUGCGAACUUGAGAGCGGGCAGCUGGGUGGCUAUCUCCGGAGCCGGUGGUGGAUUGGGGUCUUUGGCCGUCCAAUAUGCUAAGGCAAUGGGAUAUUUGGUUCUCGGUAUUGAUGGUGGAGCUGAAAAGGGUGAGUUUGUCACGGGCUUGGGUGCUGAUGUCUAUGUGGACUUCACAACUACAAAAGAUAUUGUAGCAGCUGUUAAGGAAGCCACUAAUGGGGGUCCGUUGGGAGUUAUCAAUGUUUCUGUUUCUCCUGCGGCUAUCCAGCAGUCAUUGGAUUACGUCAAGGCAACAGGCACCGUUGUCUUGGUUGGAUUACCGGCAGGAGCAGAAGUCAAAGCUAAAGUCUUUGAUACUGUAAUCAAAUCAAUUAAGAUCGAAGGCUCUUACGUUGGUAACAGAGCUGAUGCAAGAGAAGCCAUUGAUCUUUUUGCUAGGGGCAAGGUGAAUACUGAAAUCAAAAUCGCUGGGUUGUCUGAGCUUCCAAGAAUCUUUGAAGAAAUGGAACAAGGUAAGAUAAUGGGAAGAUACGUUUGUGAUACUUCCUAUUAA